AUGAUACCAUGCGUAUUGUUGUACUGUUUAAACCUCCUGUUCUUAGCCUACUUCUUAAAGGUCUCAUGUUCCUCGUGUGACAUGACCAUUAACCGAAAAAAUGUUAAGUCCUUUGUGUUCAAUAGCCACUCUGAAUACAUUAAUGCUUUGAACAGGUCCAAACCUGAUUAUCCUGGAAACGUCUUUCCCACGGGGAAUGCGAAUUUGUCCAAGGCGGGAGGCCAUGCGGCUGCUGGUGCUGAGGGGGCCGUAAAGGCAGGGAAGGGGGGGAAGAAGAAACAGGAGGAGAAGAAGCCGGAGGGAAAGAAGCCGGAGGAGAAGAAGGUGGAGGAAAAGAAACCAGCGGAAAGGAAGCCGCAGGAGAAGAAGCCAGAGGAAAAGAAACCAGCGGAAAAGAAACCAGCGGAAAGGAAGCCGCAGGAGAAGAAGCCAGAGGAAAAGAAACCAGCGGAAAAGAAAUCAGCGGAAAAAAAGCUGGUGGAGACGAAGCCGGAGGAGAAGAAGGUGGAGGGAAAGAAGCCGGAGGAGAAGAAGGUGGAGGAAAAGAAACCAGCGGAAAAGAAACCAGCGGAAAGGAAGCCGCAGGAGAAGAAGCCAGAGGAAAAGAAACCAGCGGAAAAGAAAUCAGCGGAAAAAAAGCUGGUGGAGAAGAAGCCGCAGGAGAAGAAAGCGGAGCAGAAGGAGGCGGUGAAGCCUGAGAAGAAGGAAGAAAAGAGGCUCCAGAAGGAGGAGCAGAAAGUUGUGAAGAAAUUGGGACAGAAAUUGGGACCAAAGUUGGGAUCCCAAGUGGAACCGAAGCUGCAACCCACUGUAGGACCAAAACUAGGAUCCCAAAUAGAACCCAAAUUGCAGGCCACUAUAGGACCCAAACUGGGAUUCCCAGUGGAUCCGAAGCUGCAACCCACUGUAGGACCCAAACUGGGAUUCCCAGUGGAACCGAAGCUUCAACCCAGGGUUGUAUCCAAACUGGGAUCCUCAAUGGAACCGAAGCUGCAACCCACUGUAGGACCAAAACUAGGAUCCCAAAUAGAACCCAAAUUGCAGGCCACUAUAGGACCCAAACUGGGAUUCCCAGUGGAACCGAAGCUUCAACCCAGGGUUGUAUCCAAACUGGGAUCCUCAAUGGAACCGAAGCUGCAGCCCAAAGUGGUACCCAAACUGGGAUCCUCAAUGGAACCGAAGCUGCAGCCCAAAGUGGUACCCAAACUGGGAUCCUCAAUGGAACCAAAACUGCAACCCAAAGUGGGACCCAAACUGGGAUCCUCAAUGGAACCAAAACUGCAACCCAAAGUGGGACCCAAAGUAGGGAAGAAAGUCCAAAGCAGGACUCACCAAAAGACCAAAGAAGACCAUGCGCAGAGCCAAAAAGUUGGCGACCCGGUUGAGGCAGUACCCAUGCCGAACCAAAAUGUGGACGAAGUGGUUAAAGAAAACCUCCUGCCCAGCGAAAAAGUUGACCAAUGGAUCCAGUCAAUCCCCCUGCCGAACCAAAAGGAUGGGGCGAACUCCUCCUUGCCCAACGAAAAAGUUAACCAGUGGAUUCAGGCAUUUCCCCUAUCCAACGAAAGAGUUGAUAAGAAGCCUCCAACAGAAAGGCCAACUGAUAAAUUGGCUACUCGAACGCCGCUGUCAGAACGAAGGAGAGCCAAAAAAAGGGAUGAAUGGAUUAAGGUAAUGCCUCUGUCCAAUGAAAAAGUGGACCACAGAGUUCAAGCAGACCUCCUAUCCGAUGAAGCAGCCAAUCGAACGACGCUCUCAGAGCGCAUACUCUCCCAAGUAGAAACUCAGAGGAUCCCAUCAACUCGCCUGCCUACCCAAGUAGACAACCCGAGAGUGCAGUCGGAAUGCGCGCAGGGAAAAAUCAAAAUGGCUAAUCAGAAGACUCCUGGAAAGCGUGUACCCAGCGAACGGGUGGGCCAAAAGAAACCCAAAGAGGAUAUAGCCACGCCGCCGGAGGUAAGGGGCAUAAAAAAAUAUGCAGACAAGUUGCAGCGAAUUGCGAAGAGGGAAAAAAGAGAGGUGGCAAAGGAGGAAAAAAGAGAGGUGGCAAAGGAGGAAAAAAGAGAGGUGGCAAAGGAAGAAAAAAAAGUGGAAACAAACGAAGAGACAAAAGGAGACUCAACGGAGGACACAUCAGGCGACACAUCAGGAGACACAUCAGAGGACGCGCACACCGAUAGCUACGAAGGCGUACCACAAGGGGCCCUGAAGGAACAAAAAUGGAGCGACAAAAAAGAAAGGAAUAAAAAGGGCUGGUUUGGCACCUACUGGAGUCAAAGCACAAAAAAAAGUAAACCAAGCAAACCAGCAAAUGCUGAGAAAAAAGGAGCCAAAAAAUCCAAUUUAAUUCCCCUAAUCUGUAAAAGGGCUAAUAUGAGAAAAGAUGAAGAGUUUAAGUUAACGGAAGAGAAUUGCUUGGUGACGGAAUUGCCUAAAAAAGAUUUAGAUGCGAGUGAAAAGAAAAACUUAGAAAAUGAGCCGCCACUUGACAAAGAGGGAAUGAUACAAAAGGUAGACGGCAGUUACUUAAGGGUCCAACCAAUUGAUUACAACAGAGCGGAAAAGGGAAUAAAAGACGAAGAGAAAAUUACACGCAGAGGAAGCUUCGGUUUUCUUACGAGCCCAAGCAGUUCCUACCACUUAGGAGAAGGCAUAAUUAAUACACAAGAACCCCUGGGGGUGUGCGAUGCAGAGGCAGGAAAACAUUUAGAUAUUUUGAGCGGGCAGGUCGUGCGAGACGGGGAAGGAGUGGAUCCGUGCAAUGCGAUAAAGAGGAGUGAUGGAGACGUAGUGUCAGCAAGAGGGGAGCAUAAUGUGAUAUUCGGAGGGGUGGAUCAAGUGAAAAGGAGAGGCGCGAAGUCGAAGAGGAGGAGAGAGGGGAAGAGGAGGAGAGGAGAGGCGAAAAGGAAGGCAGGCGGCGCGAGAAAGGAAGAAGCGAAAAGGGAGGAGGAGGAGGAGGAAGAGGUGAAAGUAGGGGAAGACGAAGCCAAAAAGGAGGAGGAGGAAGAGGUGAAAGUAGGGGAAGACGAAGCCAAAAAGGAGGAGGAGGAGGAGGAGGAGGAAGAGGUGAAAACAGGGGAAGACUAUACCAAAAAGGAGAAGGAGGAAGAAGAAGAAGAAGAAGAAGCUAAAGUGGGGGAUGACGAAGCCAAAAAGGAGGAGGAGGAAGAAGAAGAGGUGAAAAUGGGAGACGAAGAAACCAAAGAGGAGAAAGAGGAGAAAGAGGAGAAGGAGGAGGAAGAAGCGAAAGUAGAAGACGAAGACGGCAACGUGAAAAGGAAGGACGACACGGAAGAUAGCGGCAUCGACAGCGACGACGCGCAGAAGAAGCAUGCGGAGGAGGUGCCCGGGGAACCCGCGGAGGGAGCACAUUUGGAAGAUAAACUGUACGACGACUAUGAGGAUGAAGAUGACUAUGAUGAUGAUGAAGACGAUUAUGACGAGGAAGAAGAGGAGGAAGAAGAGGAAGAUGAUGAGGAAGAAGAAGAGGAGGAGGAGGAAGAAGAAGAAGAAGAAGAAGCGGACGACAUCGAUGAGGUAAUAAAUCGGCACUUGGAAGAAGUGGAGAAAAUUGAACAAUCUCUAGGACUUGCAAAAAAAGAGGGUUCUUCCGAAAUGGUCCUAGUGCCCACUCCUUCGAAAGGCUCCAAGUUUGACAACACAGAUACGGAGAGUGUCGCGAGUGCCAGCACGAGCACCAGUGGAGGUAACGACGAUGUGGGGGGGGAAGAAAAAGAAUUUGGAAAGAAAGACCGAUUUAGAUACAAAUCAACGAAUGUAAAUGUAUACGAAAGGUACAAAAAGGACCUCAAACUGUACAGCGAAAUGGUGAAAGAUAAUGAGCUAAAUGAGUUCUACAAGGAAAUAAUAAGAAAUAGAGAAUUAGUAGAUGUAAAUUACAAAAACGAAUAUGCGCUAAAAAUGAAGUACCAUAAAGGGUAUGAUUUUUCGCUACACAAUUUACAUAUUGUGAAUGAACAAAAAGCAAGUGAAAAAUUUUAUUCCAAUUUUGUAGCGACCUGUGAUGAGGAAGACAAUGCGACAUUUCAAGAUGUCAAUUAUUUUGCCGAUUUGACAAAAGUAGAUAUAGAUCCCGUCAUGUUUAAAGAGUUUUACAUAAGGUCUAGUGUAUGUGAUGGGGAAUACUUACCUUUGAAAAGUACCCUGGUGGAAAAGAUAUGCUUCCUAUCAAACCAUUUGAAGAAAAACCCCUACAUUAACAGAAUCAAAAUUAAGAGCAAAAAAUCGAUUCUGUACCGCCUCUUUUUAAAUAUAGUGAAAACGUUUAAAAAGUUAUCCCUAAAACAGUGCAUUAAGAAUGUGGAAGAAUCCAACCUACUGGAUAUUCUGUUUCUGCUGAAUGAAGAAAUUGUGAAGGAAUCGAAAAAAGACCUGAACAUAGGGAAAUGCCUAAAUAAUGUAAUAGCUCGAAAUAGGGACUGGUACGAUUUAAUCAACUUCAUCGUGACGAUCAUGUUUGGCUGUACAACCUACAUGAAGGAGCACUACUUUUUAACUGAGGAAGAAAGAAACGCAUUAAUAACCACGGACCAAGUUGUAGAUUUGCCCAUUUUUGAAUAUCUAAACUCGAACGUCAUUGACAUUUUUGUCCCUGCCAAUGUGCAAACGCAAAUUGACGUAGACCUGCUGAAGGACAUUACGGAUGCGCCAGAGGAUAAGAAGAAAAUGUACCAAACGUGGUAUGUCUGCUAUCUGUUCACGCAUAAAGUAUAUUUAGUAAACAAAAUGUGGAAUGUGAUAAAGAAAUGGGAGGCAUCGAAAUUUAUCCCCAACCCGUGGUACAUAGAUCAUAUAGGAAGUGCCCUCGUUCCCCAGAUAAUGAAUUUACAUCACCUGGAGGAAGAUAAGUAUGUCUUUUUCAGGUACAUUGAUUCGCUUCAAAUUUUUGUAUCCUUUAAGAGAAGCAAAAAAUACCCCUUACCAAAUUAUGACAAGAAUAAUUUCCACUUGGUAGAAAAUAUUGUAGCUUUUCAAGGAACGGCUAGUCCCUUCAUGUGGAUUCUAAAUGUGAUAUACGAGCUAACUUCGUACCCCUUUUUGACAAAGGGAAAACUGCACAAGGCGUAUUUGUUCAUCUUCAAACGGGUAGUGAAGCCCUACCUGCACGUCUUAAAGAAAAACAUUUUAAACGAAAUAAAGGAUGAGAAGUCUAAAUAUACGAAGGAGAAUCCGUACGUCAUUAUAUUCACUGGCCACUCCUUUGGUGCAGCUAUUGCCCAUUUGAGCUCCUUUUAUUUGGCCAAAAUUUUGAAGGCUAGAAAUAACCCCAAAGUGAAGGUACUCUCCGUGACUUUUGGAAUGCCCAUGUUUUUUGAUGAACAAUUUUCGGAAGACUUCCGAAAAAGUGGUGUCAUUAGUAACAACAUCAGUAUUGAUUAUGAUCCCAUACCGUGCACGAUGGCAAUCCCUGGUUUCAACGAUUUUAAGGACCCAGAUGAAGAAAAAAAACUAUCCAUCAUUUUGAAGGUUAAUGAUUUGAAGAGCAUAAAUCACGAUUUUGGGGAAAAUAUUUUCAACGGAAAUGAACUGUUUCAUCACGAAAGGAAUCAGCCGCGCUCCAUGAUACACCUGCUUACAAAAUAUAUCUUUAACAAUAAUAUCUUUCUCGAGUUGGGAGAGCUACACAUUUCGCAGACGCACUACUUUUUUUACUAUGUGUUUUUAACUCUGCUGUCCGGAUGGGCCAAUGAGGCCGAAUGGGGCACUUUCUUCCUCAUCCCAUUUUUCCUCUUUGACAUUAUCAACUUCACGCACAGCGAAAUUAUGACCAAGUCGAAAGAGGUGCACAAAAAGUACAGAGAGGAUUUAAUGAAAAAAUUGCAGAGCAGCCAGAAGAAUAAAGGCGGCGGCGGUAAGAAGUAG